UAUUAGACAGUAACAUGUCCCAAAGAAAGAAAGUAUUAAUGGUAUGUUUAGGAAACAGUUGUCGUUCUCCAAUUGCAGAAGCUGUGUUUUGCGAUCAAUUAAAGCAAAUGAAUCUAAAUAAUUUUUGGAAAGUAGAUAGUGCUGCACUAUUACAAUAUCAUGUAGGUAAAUGUCCAGAACCUAGAGCUAUGUCCACACUUAAAAAAAGAGGCAUUACACAAUAUACUCAUAAAGCAAGAGUGAUUAAGGAAGAAGAUUUCUAUAAAUAUGAUUGGAUACUUGGAAUGGAUAGUGGUAUAACUUAUGAAUUAUGUCAAAUGCAACCUAAGAAUAGUCAAGCAAAAAUUGAACUCCUUGGAAUGUAUGAUCCAAAUGGAGAACUAAAUAUACGGGACCCAUUAUUUGAUGAUGAUAGUGCUGGAUUUGAGAAAGCAUUUGAACAAGCUACUAGAAGUAUAAAAACAUUUCUAAAGCAACAUGCAGGUGAUAUUUGUGUAUAAA